UGUAGAAUUAGAAGUUGUGGUUGUUAUUGCCAUUGCCACCAUCUCCAAAUCGUACCUUGUGUUGGUUUGUUUCUGAGACGUUAGAGAACAAUGCCGGGAAUCACUGGCCCUUCUGAUUAUUCUACAGAACCUACUCGUCACUCAUCUCUUCAAAUUAACUCCAAGGAACCUUUCAAUGCUGAGCCACCAUGUUCUGCCUUGAUUUCAACAUAUUUGACUCCUGCAGAUUUAUUCUACAAGAGAAAUCAUGGUCCCAUACCAAUAGUCGAUGACAUAGAAAAAUACAGUGUGUCAAUAUCUGGUUUGAUAGAAAAUACCAAACAAGUUUUUAUGAAAGAUAUCAGGAUGCUUCCCAAGUACAAUGUCACUGCCACACUACAGUGUGCAGGAAAUAGAAGGACUGCUAUGAGCAAGAUUAAAACAGUUAAGGGAGUUGGCUGGGGUGUUUCUGCUAUUGCCAAUGCUGUGUGGGGUGGUGCUAAAUUGAGUGAUGUACUUGAACUUGUUGGAAUAGCAAAGUUGACAAGUACUGCUAAAUUUGGAGGAAAACAUGUUGAAUUUGUAAGCAUUGAUCAGUGUAAGGAGGAAAAUGGAGGCCCAUACAAGGCAUCAAUUCCACUAAGUCAGGCUACAAAUCCUGAAGCAGAUGUUCUACUUGCUUAUGAGAUGAAUGGAGAACCUCUUAAUAGAGAUCAUGGUUAUCCAUUACGUGUGAUUGUUCCUGGUGUUAUUGGAGCCCGGUCUGUUAAAUGGCUAGAAGUUAUUAAUAUCAUAGCAGAAGAAUGUCAGGGAUUUUUCGUGCAAAAAGACUAUAAAAUGUUUCCUCCAUCAGUAAAUUGGGAAAACAUUAAUUGGUCAUCUAGGAGACCUCAAAUGGAUUUCCCUAUUCAGUGUGUUAUAUGUUCUCUAGAAGAUAUGACUACAAUAAGGGCCGGAAAGGUAAAUAUUAGUGGAUAUGCAGCAUCAGGUGGUGGUAGAGGCAUCGAAAGAGUGGAUGUGUCUGUUGAUGGAGGAAAAACUUGGAUGGAAGCUUCAAGGUUUCAAAAGAGUGGUAUUCCUUACAUAGCAGAUGAUUGCAACAAAAGUGACAAAUGGGCAUGGGUGUUAUUUGAGGUCACAACGGAAAUUCAACACAACACUGAGAUUAUUGCAAAAGCGGUGGAUUCGGCAGGAAAUGUUCAACCAGAAAAGGUAGAAAACAUUUGGAACUUGAGAGGGAUAUUAAACACUUCAUGGCAUCGGAUACAAGUUCAAGUCACCGACUCCAACUUUUAAAAGAUAGAGAGUUUCUUAUUCCACCCUUAAUGCUCGACAAUGUGUAAAUAAUAAUGGACCAAACAUCUAGUCUUGGGCCAUAAAUAAUGUGUCUGUUAUUCAAAUGAACCUCAUUUUUCUCUCUAUCACUACUAAAAAACACUUUUAAUUGUUUUGAAAGUGCACGUUUAGACUGCAUAAA